AUGGGAGUUAAAAGACAAGACAAGCCAUCGUUGUCAAGUUGCAUAGAUGGGUUGGUCGAUGCCAUAAUGGGAUCCACUGCUAUAACCAUUUCAAACAACUUUUUCACUCACCAUGACAAGGUGAUACUUCUUGGACAUAGCGAUGCCUAUACCCAAGAUGUCAAAAUGCAAGUAACAGUUGCAUUCAACCACUUUGUAGAAGGGCCUGUUCAGCGAAUGCCCAGAUGCCAAUAUGGAUACUUCCAUGUGGUGAACAAUGAUUACACCCACGAGGAAAUGUAUUCAAUCGGGGGAAGUGCAAACCCCACCAUUCACAACCAAGGCAAUAGAUUCCUUACUCCUGAUAAUCAAUUCCAGAAGGAGGUGACAAAGCCCAAAGAUUCAAUAGAAGGUAAUUGGAGAUUAGUGGGAGAUCUUAUGUUAAAUGGGGCAUUCUUCACAACAUCAAGGGCUGGAGCAUCCUCAAACUAA